GCGGCUCUGCGCAUGCUCGGCGGUGCGGGCGGCAGAGCGGGCGGCGGCGACCUGGAGACCCCCGAGGGAUGGAAGCGCCGGCGCCGGCGGAGGCGGCGGGAUGCGAGGAGCUCGAUAUGGACGUGAUGAGGCCGUUAAUAAAUGAGCAGGACUUCGAUGGGACUUCGGACGAGGAGCAGGAACAGAUGCUCCUGCCUGUGCAGAAGCACUACCAGCUCGACGGGCAGCACGGGAUUUCAUUUGUGCAGACCCUGAUGCAUCUUCUGAAGGGGAACAUCGGCACUGGCCUCUUGGGGCUCCCCUUGGCAAUAAAGAACGCUGGCAUUGUGCUCGGACCAAUCAGCCUUGUGUUUAUAGGAAUUAUUUCCGUCCACUGUAUGCACAUAUUGGUACGUUGCAGUCACUUUCUAUGUCAGAGGUUUAAGAAGUCAACGUUGGGGUACAGUGACACUGUGAGUUAUGCCAUGGAGGCCAGCCCGUGGAGCUGCCUUCAGCGGCAGGCAGCAUGGGGGAGGAGCGUGGUUGACUUCUUUCUGGUGAUAACGCAGCUGGGAUUCUGCAGCGUCUACAUCGUCUUCUUAGCCGAAAAUGUGAAACAAGUCCACGAAGGGCUGCUGGAGAGCUCAGUGUUUGUUUCAAACAGCACUGACCCAUCCCGUGCGUGUGAGAGGAGGAGUGUGGACCUCAGGGUCUACAUGCUCUGCUUCCUCCCGUUCAUAAUUCUCUUGGUCUUCAUUCGCGAGCUGAAGAAUCUCUUCAUACUUUCGUUCCUUGCCAACAUUUCCAUGGCUGCCAGUCUUGUGAUAAUUUACCAGUAUGUUGUUAGGAACAUGCCAGAUCCCCACAACCUCCCAAUUGUGGCUGGUUGGAAGAAAUACCCACUCUUUUUUGGUACUGCUGUGUUUGCUUUUGAAGGCAUAGGAGUGGUGCUCCCCCUGGAGAACCAGAUGAAGGAGUCUCAACGGUUUCCUCAGGCACUGAACAUCGGCAUGGCGGUUGUCACGGUGCUGUAUGUCAGCUUGGCCACUUUAGGCUACAUGUGUUUCCGUGAUGACAUCAAGGGCAGCAUUACACUGAAUCUCCCCCAGGACAUGUGGUUGUAUCAGUCAGUGAAAAUUCUGUAUUCCUUUGGCAUUUUCGUGACCUAUUCAAUUCAGUUCUAUGUUCCAGCAGAGAUCAUUAUCCCUGGAGUCACUGGCAGACUUCAUGCCAAAUGGAAGCGCAUCUGUGAAUUUGGGAUACGGUCCUUCUUGGUUAGUAUCACUUGUGCUGGAGCAGUUCUCAUUCCUCGCCUAGACAUCGUGAUCUCCUUCGUUGGGGCUGUGAGUAGCAGCACGCUGGCCCUGAUCCUGCCCCCCAUCGUGGAAAUCCUUACAUUCUCUAAGGAACACUACAACAUAUGGAUGGUCCUGAAAAACAUCUCCAUAGCUUUCACUGGAGUCGUCGGCUUCUUGUUGGGCACGUAUGUCACUGUUGAAGAGAUUCUGUAUCCAACUACAGUAGCUGUAGCUGGUGCCCCACAGGGCCUCUCUCUGAAUGGGAACUCUACAUGUGUAGCAUCUGGUUUGCAAUAGUGGAGUUGCUGUGAGUCUUCUGUUGUCCCAGUUCUAACAGGAGUUAAGAAGCAGUGCAGUGUAUCCCUGCACACCUCAACACAGUGCCAAACUCUUGUGUGCGUUGGCAGAAUAGUGUGAUUGGACUGUGAACUUGUCAUCGUUUGUGGCUGUGGUAAACUAUGGCAGAUUCUUGCUUUUAUCUAAUGACAAUGAAAAAUUUUAAAUUAGCUUUGAAGAUUAAAAAAAAUUAAAAUCCAAAACUUAAUAAGCAUACCCUAUUAUUCUUUGUUUCUGUAAGAAACAUUUUGAAUAAGAAUUCUCUUUCUUACUACUAUUGAGAAGAUUAAGGAACUAAACAUCGUGGAAAUUAAAUAGGGACAUAGUUAACAGAAUCUUUCUGUAGCAGCCCACAAUAGCAAAGUAAGCCCCUGUAUACGUGUGUGAAAAUGUAUAGAUUGCAUUUUUAUUCCAUGGGUAAUGCUUCCAACGCCCCUGGAAGGGUAGAUGAUUCCCCCUGACCGUCAUGUAAACAUCAGAAAGUUCUCAGAGCCAGAGUCACUUCAUGGUUAGGCUCUACGGGCAGUAGAGCUGCAUAGACACUGGGGAGUGCUGAGCAAUGUUCUGACCUGCUUUGGUUGUAGGCGAAAAGGCCAUUGAAGGUUCUGGAAUUCUGCUCCCUUCGUUACUGUCUUAGUUAGGGUUUCUACUGCUGUGAUACAGCACCAUGACCAAAAGCAGCUUAUGGAACAAAGAGUUACUUCAGUUUACAGUUCCACUCACAGCCCAUCGUCAAAGGAAGUCAAGGCAGGGACCUGGGUGAGGAGCUGAGGCAGAAGCUGUGGAGGGCGCUGCUUACCGGAUUGCUCCUCAAGGCUUGCUCAGCCUGCUUUCUUAGAGAACCCAGGACUGCCAGCCCAGAGAUGGCACCCCCCACAAUGGGCAGGGCCCUCCCAAAAUGAUCAUCAAUCUGGAAGAUGCCCCCACAGACUUGCCUACAGGUUAGUCUUACAGAGACAUUUUCUUAAUUGAGUCUCUCUUCCAAAAUUGCUCUAGAUUGUGUCAAGCUGUCAUAAACUAGACGUAACAGUUACCAUUGUAGGAAAUGGAGUCCCAGAAAUGUCAGGUGAUUUUUGUCAAGAGCUCUUACCCGAGUCAAGAGAACCUGCUAUUUGACUCCAUGCUGAGAUUUUUUUUAAUUAUUAUUUUUCAUGUCACAGUCAAGAAGAAUGAAAAGCCACUUGCAGCUUAAUUUUAGUAAAGAGUUUAUUUAAUUAUAUUUUCAUCUUUUGAGAGUGUGUGCCUGAUCUUUAAAUAUAUGUGACAGAAAAAUCCUGUCUUGUGGCUUUAUAGACCUCACACAGGAAAAGCAGCUAACAUAAACAGGGGAGACUGGCUGUGGGGUAUGCUGGUCACAGGAGGUGAGAUCUCCUUAAACAGCAGGGGACAGCUGACUAGCUGUGCAGUAUUCUGGUCACACGCUCCCGUUGUCUCCUGGGAUCCCUCCUGGGAUUCCUUUCAGAAAUCAUUGAUAAAUGACAAAAUACAGGAUUUUGGAACUUCCCAGCCUCAUAGUGUCCUCACUGCAAUCUCCCAUUGAUUUGAAUGGGCAGAGUAAAGGAACCCUAAAACGCAUGCCUAGGAAGCUUGAAACAGUAAGAACCUGUCUGGUAAAUGCUGAGGCACCCGAGGCAUCGUCCUGGAAAGCCUCCUUCACAAUCUCCAAACACAGCGACCCCCGGCAAUCCAAUCAAGCUCGUGUGGUGGUGAAGGUGGGGAUUACGGAGUUUAAAGGAGUGAGUGCCGGUCGUUUUCUGGACUUCUCAGCCCGUGGUUCUCCAGUGUGUUACUCUGUAAGGUGUCACCAAGCUGUCUGUGGCAUUGUCUAUUCUUCUGUGUAAAUGUUAACUUGUCCAGGUUCAGCUUUGCUUACAUCAUCACUCUGUCUUCAAGUGUGAGCUCAUAAAUGUAUCAGAAGCUUUAUUUUGGUAUGAAUUCAUGAGAACCAAAGCUUUGGAAACAUUUAUGUUAGAUAUUUCUAAUACUUGUUUAUGAUAUCUUAUGUUGAAUUGUUACUUCAAGUCUUUAGUCUUGUGCAGAGAAAGUGGAUGAGAUUGUGCAGAAAGUAAUUUCAUAGGACUUUGACUGUGGGACAUAUAUUAGCUAUUUAAAAUGUGCAGCGGCGUACAAUGAGUUGAAACUCACCGAAGAGGAGCAGCGUGAGGCUCUUGGCAGCUGUCCUCAUGGCAUACUCUUCUCUGCAUGCUCAGUUCUAGUUUCGUGUCUUCACCUGUUACUUGUGGGGUUCAUCAGGUACAGUGAGCUUUUAAACAGUGGGUCACUGCAGUACUUUUUAAGUUGUGCACAUACACUGUGAGAUUCUUCUCAGCCAGGAUGUCCUCCAUAGUAAGCCUGCUGAAGUGACAAUACAGAAGGGAACACAGGCUGCCAGAAGAGGGGAGUUUAAGCUUUAGAGUGAAACCCUGCCUAGAUGCAAGUGUAAAAGGCAUGCACUCUUGUAUAAGGGUACCCGAAGAUAUGUUUAUCAUUUGAUCAUUUUUCUAUAGCAUUUAGUUCUACAGGAUUGUAGUUUCUAAAGAUUUCUGGAGAAGAUAUUUUGAUUCCAGCAGGUACUAACGUUGCUUGCGGGCCUGGGGGAAGGAGAAUCGGGUUCACAUGCUGAACUCGUGUUUGUUCUCUUGAUCCGUCCAUCAUACGUGGCCAAAAUGACCCCAGCACUUACUUCCCGUCACGGCGGGAACUUUCCCUGGAAGCUAGUCAGUUGUGCGGGUGCCAUUUCCACUGAACCCGUGAGAGGAAAGACAUCGUUCACCCCCCCAUGGGCUAGACUCCCAGCCAUUCGCCAUUUGUCUCUGUUCCCUGACACUCCAAAGAGUGUUCAUCAGCGACUGAGGCUGCUUGUCAAAACACCGUUCCCACAUGGCUUUUACCACAGGCUCUUUCCCUCUGCGUGGCCGGCCCAGACUCUUCAGUUAUGAAGGGGUGGCUGGGAAGUUUUCAGGUUAGCGCCACUUAAACCAACAAGCCGGUGUUGGCAAUGCCCUGCUCUGCUUCCCCGUUGUGUCCUCUCUGACUUGUCGCCAAAGCCACUUCCGAGUCUUGUUAGAUGGUGUCCUUAAAGUGUUUCUAAGCCAUUCAUGGCAGCACACUUGUGAACUUCCUAACGGUGUGAUUUUCAUGUAUUCAUAGUUGUAGAAAUGUCAGCCUAAGUGCAUAUGGGUGCCGAUUCUAACAGAGCCUUCACAGCUCGCCCGCCUCACUCCGUCCCCACAGGUGCCAGUGCGUUCGUUACUGGCAAUAUACAGAAGGUCUUGUGUGCAACUCCUUUUUCUCCAGUCAAGAUGGCAAAGAUACAGAGCAAGCCAAUGGAGAUUUAGUUGUUUAUAUAACAUGAGUGGUUCAGCAGAUGUUAACUGUUGAGCAAUAAAAUAAUUUAUUGAAAUAUAAAGCAUCAAUAGUAUAAAUUAUAAAAUAUUGGAAAUAUUUUGAUCAGCUUGACUCAGUUAUCUUCCCUUAAUUAAGAAAAUGUGAGAAGUUUGUCUAAGGAGGAUGAAGGGUCCUAUCGUUAAGUGGCUGCAUGUUACCUGACCACACACGACUUCCUGGAUCUGAUUGCUUUUGACCUAGGGUAUAAAGAGAAAUAUGGCUAGGUCUAGAAUUUAUUGCCUAGCAAGUGAGAGGCCAAAUCACCCAAGUGUUCAGAUUUCCUGUUGGAAUUGGCUACUUUCUAUGUGUGUCCAUGCAUGCUACCCCAAAGGGACUCAUAUCUGAAUCCAUUUCAACUUUUCUACCACAGAUUGAACCAGAAUGGUGAUCACAUAGGAAAAUAUAUAUUCAUGAUGUGAAAAAUUCAGGAUAAAGAGUUUUGUUUUUCAAAAAGUAUUUUGUUAGCUUUAUUGAAAGUCAAGUUUCAUUAGACUUGUGUCAUUUAUUGUAAUUUAUUUUUCUUUGUAAAAGAAUUUGAAAAAUGUCUGAAAAUACUGUACCUUCUGAAUUGUCAGUAAAGUAUACUUAUUUUGCUUGCUAUUUAAUGCCUUUUAAGUUUUUCAUUAUAAGAUUAAAUAAAAUGGAAAAUA